UAAGGCUACGGGAGAAACGUCAUCGUCAGGCUAAGCCAAUCAGAGUCAGAGGGGGGCGGGCAAUACAUUUGGGUGCCCAAGUUUGUUCGAGUCGACAACGCAGUCACUGGCCGAGAGACAUGACAAUGCAGCAUAAAGCCACAGCUCCUCCACUACCGCCACCCCCUCCUCCACCCUGUGGAAAUCAGCCUGGUCCUCCACCGUGCCCUGGACAUGCUGCAAUACCAUUUAUUUCUGGCCAAUGCCCUCCAGUCCAAGAAACGAGUCCUUCACCGGAGACUCUACAUCAUGCAGAGGAUGCACUUGCUUCACCACCGCUCCCAGAGCAAAAUGGACUCGAGUCUCCAUCAUCACAAGGACAAAAAGACAAUCCCUCUGAUAGUGAAGAGAAACGCGGUCCAGUGCAGGAAACUGCUCCACCGGUGACAGAGCAACAAGAUGAGGCAGCUGUUCAGAUGGACCAGGAUGAGACGAAGCCCUGAGCAACUUUACUUAAAAACAAAGGAAUCUACUUUUACCAGUACUUGAAAAUGCUGUGGUGAAAUGCAAUGAAAUAGUGUAACAUGGUGUAACACGCUUCAGUCACCAUUAUCCUCAUUACUUACAGCUGAGAAUUGAGCUUUUGCCUAUAGAAAUGUCAGAGAAUUUUCAGAGAAACUCUGAACCAAACUAAGCCUAAAAACACAUAUAGCUGGGUGACAGAUUACACUUGGAUGUGUUGCUGCUGCUGCCGCUAUCACUGUUUCUGAAAACAUUUGAGGUGGAAAAAUAGGCUGUGCAGUAACAGAAUCUUGAUUCAUGAUCUCUGCAGAGUUGUUUGGUUCCAGAGCUGAUACUCAGGCCAAAAGUGAGGAUAUCUCUACAUUAUGUACAAAGUCGUGGUACACCUUUUUAUUUAUGGUAUUUUCUGUGAGAUUGGAGUACAUAAUUUGUAUGUACAAUUGCAAUGCCCGGGAUUAAAAAAAAAAAAAAAAGUAUUUAAAUGCA